UCAUUCCCUUUUUCUUGCACGAGAUAGACAACAACAGAGAUGGCCGGUGGUGGUGGAAACGGCGGAGGGGCGGCUAAGGGCGACGAGUUUCAGCCGCAUCCGGUGAAGGAGCAGCUACCGGGAGUUGAUUAUUGCGUCACUAGCCCUCCUAAUUGGCCAGAAGCGAUCAUACUGGGCUUCCAGCAUUAUCUGGUGAUGCUUGGAACUACUGUCAUCAUCCCCAGCAUCAUUGUUCCUCAAAUGGGCGGUGGCGCUGUGGAAAAAGCCCAAGUGAUACAGACCUUGCUCUUUGUGGCGGGAUUAAACACACUAUUACAGUCCUUCUUCGGGACUCGGCUUCCAACGGUUAUUGGCGGUUCUUACACAUUUAUUGUUCCCACAGUUGCAAUCGUCCUUGCCAAUAGAUAUAGCACGAUAAUAGAUCCUCAUGAGAGGUUCAAACGGACAAUGAGAGGAGUACAGGGGGCCCUCAUCUCUGCUUCCAUUUUACAGAUAGUCGUCGGUUUCCUUGGGUUCUGGAGAAAUAUUGUCAGGUUCCUAAGCCCUCUUGCUGCAGUCCCUCUUGUUACUCUUACUGCACUCGGUCUCUAUCAACUGGGUUUCCCCCGACUGGCAAGUUGUGUUGAAGUUGGUCUUCCAGCGCUUGUUUUGCUGGUUCUUUUCUCCCAGUACCUUCCUCACAUGUUAACAUUAAAGAGGUUCAGAGGUGAUCGUUUUGCGGUGCUGUUCUCAGUUGCAAUUGUAUGGGUCUAUGCGCAUAUUCUCACGAAGUCUGGUGCAUAUAAUCACAGACCACCAAGCACCCAGGCUAGUUGCCGGACUGAUCGGUCUGGGCUACUUUCUGCUGCUCCAUGGAUAAGGAUUCCAUACCCAUUUCAAUGGGGGGCACCUACUUUUCAAGCUGGAGAAGCUUUUGCCAUGAUGGCCGCUUCUUUUGCUGCUCUUAUCGAGUCUACGGGCACAUUAAUUGCAGUGUCAAGAUUUUCAAGUGCCACACCUGUGCCGCCUUCUGUCCUCAGUCGUGGUGUUGGGUGGCUGGGAAUAGGGAUUUUUCUGGAUGGGAUCUUUGGUACGGCAAAUGGUUCUACCGCAUCAGUUGAAAAUGCGGGUCUAUUGGCAUUAACAAAAGUAGGAAGUCGGAGAGUCAUUCAGAUUUCUGCGUUGUUCAUGCUUUUCUUUUCUAUACUGGGGAAAUUUGGAGCAGUUCUUGCUUCUAUUCCAUGGCCAAUUGUGGCUGCUUUGUACUGUGUCUGCUUUGCUUAUGUUGUUUCUGCGGGUCUUGGUCUCCUUCAGUUCUGCAACCUCAACAGUUUCAGAACAAAGUUUAUACUAGGCUUCUCUUUCUUCAUGGGCCUUUCCGUGCCGGAAUACUUCAAUGAAUAUGUAGUGUUUUCGGGUCAUGGUCCUGUUCACACACGUUCUACAUGGUUCAACGACAUUUUGUAUGUCAUCUUCACAUCCCAUGCAACAGUGGCAGCGAUUGUUGCAUUCUUUCUGGACUUGACCCUUGAUCGAGGCGACCCCACAACACGAAGAGACAGCGGCUCACAUUGGUGGGAGAAGUUUAGGGUUUUCAAGAAUGAUAAUAGGAAUGAAGAAUUCUAUUCACUCCCAUACAACCUCAAUAAAUAUUUCCCAUCAUUUUAAUGCAAGUCCUUGCCUCCAGCUUGGAUCCAGCUUGGAGUUUCGUCCAGAGAUCAAGAU